AUGUUCCGCGUUCAGAAUUCCUUCGCCGGCGAUGGCGAAAACACAAUGGAGCCGAGUGCGAAUUUCGCUGCUGCCAGGAAUCGCUUCUCGUACGAGAACGAUCGGCAACGUGUCAGUCAGGAGCUGAGUGUAGUGCAAAGCCGAAAAGCUCGGCGAGCCAUGGCACGCCUGCGGUCUACUUCUCGAACAUCUGAUGAUUGGGACUACGACAUCCCGUUUCCUAACCUUGGGUCCAGGAAAGACUCAUCCGACAGUCAAGCACUGCUGGAAGCUACGAGGUCGCCCAUAAUCAUCGAAGAAGAAACGGAGUGGGAAGAAGACCCAAUCGACUGUCGAGGCGCAUUUCUUCUAGUGGCGUGCAUUAGCUGCCCGAGGAUGGUGUUCAUCCAAUACAAGAGUGACAAGCUCGUCGAGAUACACUCCGGUAUCGAUAUUACCAACCAGCUCAUAAUGAUCUCGUGCCGGAGAUGUGAGAUGGAUCCGGAAACGAAGGGACCCAGAUCUGGCACAUUACAGGAGUGUUGGAAGGGAUACACAACGUCAAUCCACGUCAACCAUUUCUCUAGCUCCCCACUACUCAGCGCCGCCCGAGUGGCAGCCGGACAAGACGUGCCAUUUGCGCAAGUCAAUGACAGGGUUUUGUUUGUGUCCAAAGAUGCAAUUAGGGACUUGGGGACAGGACAAGGCAGAAUGAGAGGUCUAGAUCUUGCAAAGGUGGGGACAAACGAUGCAUGUCAGGUGGUCAUGUCGUUCGCGCCAGUGGACUUCUUGUGA